AUGUAUGUUAUAGACUUUGAGUCCACUGUUGUCACAGAGGAAAAUACUGAAAGCACAGUUUAUACAGUCUCCUCUGGCAGCACAGAUGCCUCUAGUACCACCACGGAGGACAGCACGACGUCAGAAACCCCAGCUACACUGCAGACAGUCUCUGAAACUACUGGAAAAUCAUCAAUUUCACCCACCCCACUUAUAGGAGAUGGUGGUACCUCAACUCCAGAAAUCACUUCCACACCGACUAGAGGUUCAUCCAUCACAGAAGGGGAUUACUUGACCCCAUCUUCCCCAGUCACAGACACUACUGAGCCAUCAACUCCAAUACUGUUAACUACACUGAGCAAAGCAGACACCUCCACUCUGUCCCUGCGACUGGUGGACGGUGGCAGCAGAUGCUCGGGCCGCGUCGAGCUUUACUACAACGGCAGCUGGGGAACGGUCUGCGAUGACGGCUGGGAGCUGGUGGAUGCCGAGGUGGUGUGCAGGAGCCUGGAGUGCGGAGAGGCUCUGCUGGCUCUGUCUGAGGCCCAGUUUGGUCCAGGCUCUGGGAACAUCCUCCUGGAUGACGUGCAGUGCAGAGGGGACGAGGACAACCUGUGGCAGUGCUCCCACCAAGGCAUCACUGUCCAUAACUGCCGACACAAGGAGGACGCCAGCGUCAUCUGCGCAGAGCCAGUUACUCCCACUGUCACAACAGAGCCUGUUCCAGCUGACAUGUCCCUGAGACUGGUGGAUGGACCGGACACAUGCUCGGGACGCCUUGAAGUCUUUCACAACGGGAGCUGGGCCACCGUCUGCGAUGAUGGCUGGGACAUGAGCGACGCCGCGGUUGUGUGCAGGCAGCUGGGCUGCGGACGGGCGCUCUGGGCCAAAUACGAUGCCUUUUUUGGGCAAGGCACAGGAGCUGUUCUCCUGGACGAGGUGGCGUGCAGCGGGGACGAAUCCUCCCUGGAGCAGUGCUCUCACCAGGGGCUGGGCAUGCACGACUGCUACCACAAGGAGGACGCUGGAGUUAUCUGUGAAGUUCCUCUGGAGCCUACCACAUCUGAAACAACAGUCCUGACUGAGUCCAUAGUGGCUGACACACCAGCAGUCUCUCCUACUCCUGAACCAGAAGACAUUACCACUUCCCCUGCAGAAGACACAACAUCAGAAACAGCAGCCCCAACUGAGCCCACGACACCUGAAACACCAGUAACAAACUCAUCCACUCCGUCAGUCUCUACAGCUCCUGAAACAGCAGACACUACCCCUUCCCCUGCAGAAGACACAACAUCAGAAACAGCAGCCCCAACUGAGCCCACGACACCUGAAACACCAGUAACAAACUCAUCCACUCCGUCAGUCUCUACAACUCCUGACAUAGCAGACACUACCCCUUCCCCUGCAGAAGACACAACAUCAGAAACAACGGCCCCAACUGAGUCCACAACAGCUGAAACACCAGUAACAAACUCAUCCACUCCGUCAGUGUCUCCAGCUCCCAAAGCAGCAGACGCUACCAUGCCCUAUCAAAAACCAGCCCAAGAACCUAUAAACCCAGUGAACCUUGCCUACCUGCCUAAAUACAUGCGGUUGAUGCUACUAAGAUACUUAAUUGGCCAGUGUGGACUGAGGAGGCCAGGAAUGCCAAGUAUAAAGUUACAAGGGUGUGUAAGGGACCCAACCUGUGGGAACUACUAUUCACCAGGCCAGAGGAUUCUCCAGUUCAAGUUCAGAGGUCCCAUUUACUCAAGAUCUUGUCUGCGGUGCAGAGUAUUAGGGUGCAACAGAUACAAUCAUCCUUUCCAACGCUACUGGGUCUACAAGACAAGAGGCAAAAGAAGCACAAGUGACCCCGUCAUUAUUAUAAUCUCCCAAUAGCAAUAGCCCCAACAAUGGUUUGUCUAACCAUAACUUGUUGAUCAUUCAUUUACAUGACCAGUGUGUUGCACAUUUGCUACUAAAAUACAUUUUACUAGGGGUUGUAAAUCUAAAGGUAUUUUAAUCUUAACUGUACUUGUGUUCCUUAAUUUCAGAUCCUUUGGAUCUACGUUCCAGAUUUGUAAAACCCUAAACUUCAGUAAAUACUCUCAGUGACCAAAAAGUAACUGGACUGGGUGGCUGAUUUUUCUCAUCAAGACUUUUUCCCCCCUCUCACAGUUCUUCCACUUCUCCGCAUUGUACCAAUGAGCUCAAAGACUGAGCAUUUAAGGAAGAUUAACCUGUCUUACAGAUAUAAACAUGACUGUGCUGCUUUCUGAGCUCAUAGAGACAUAAAUAAAAGCAUAAGUAUCCCUUGUAACUGAAAAUGUCUGAGCAAUUAUCUCAAAUAGGAACUCAAAAACAUUUGGAAAAAAAAUUGUAUGUGUAUUGAGAUACAAUCUCUGAAAUACCUGUAAACUAUUAUAAUCUUCCCAUAUGUCAAUUUUCCUUACUGGAGGUUAGAACUAUAAAAGAAU